AUGCCUCGAUCUUUCUUGGUGAAAAAACACCUCAGUCAUAAGAAGCCCAACUAUGGCACACUGGAUGCACAGAGUGAUGAUCAUCCCAUGCAAGUUAUCCCUGUUCUGUCCUCAUGCUCCAAACUCGCCUCUCCCCAUCCUGAUGAAAGUUUUAUCCCCGGGCCGUGCCUAUUGAACCAAGCCAUAAGGUCAGUGUCUCAGAUGAGCACCAUUUGUGCUGUGAUUGAACCACAGUCUUUACCGGACUCCAGACUGCCUUCAGAAGGACACACUUACACCCUACCCGUGAGUCAGAACCCCCUGCGAGCCUCUGAGCCUGCUCAGCAUCAUAACAACACAGCUUUGCAGGACAGUGUAGUGUCCGACGUUACUGUUUCCCUGUUAGGACUUGCCUCAAAGGGCAACAUCCAGGAGCACUUUGAGUGUUUUGACUGUCAUAAAACUUAUUUCACCUUCUCUGGCCUGGCUAAACACAGGCAGUUCCAGUGUGAAUGGCCAUGGCAGAAAUGCUUCAGCUGCAAAUACUGCGACAAGGAGUAUGUGAGCCUCGGAGCUCUGAAGAUGCAUAUCCGUACACAUACACUGCCCUGCGUGUGCAAGCUGUGUGGGAAAGCCUUCUCCAGGCCCUGGCUGCUACAGGGACACAUACGCACACACACAGGUGAGAAGCCAUUCUCGUGUCCUCACUGUAGCCGGGCGUUUGCUGAUCGCUCUAACCUGCGAGCUCACCUGCAGACGCACUCAGACGUUAAGAAGUAUCAGUGCAGGAGCUGUUCGAAGACAUUCUCCAGAAUCUCACUUCUGUCCAAACAUGAGGAGGCUGGCUGUUGCCCGACGUCCUGA